AUGCGAUACUGGUCCUGCGGAGAUAAAGAGGUGCGCGAGGCGCCACCUCGGGGCUCCUCUGUUGCCAGCAAGGAAGGAGGACCUCCAGUGAUCAACAAACAGAAUGAUGAUGAUGAUGAUGAUGAUGAUGAUGAUGAUUAUCAUUUUGAAAGGAUUUGUACCGUCCGAGCCGGGGCAGGGGGCCUGGAGGUGGGAUCGCCGCAGGCGGCGGGGGUGGGGGCGAGGACGGAGGAGCGGGAGAAACGGGGUGGGGCUGAGGGAGGGAAGAAAAAGAGACGGGAGGGAGGAGGAACAGGACGCAGGAGAAGGCAGGCGCGGCCGUCCGCUGGCAUCCAGUGGGGAGGCCGCGGGGACGGCGACGUCGGAGGCUCGACCGCGGACCGAGGCCCCCACCCCCGGACUGCUCGCGCCCCUGGAUCCCUUCCGGCCGACACUCCCGCGCCCAGUCUUGCCUGGUGCCCGGGUACGGUGGCCAACGCGGCGGAACCGGGAGCACAGCCCCCACCUGGGCUAUGCUUGCCUGGGCCAGGAGUCACCAAGAUGCCUAUACUGGAAAAAGCUCCCCAUAAGACAGCAACAAAAACUCCCAGCAGUGAGGAGGAGCCUUUGCCAAAACUUCCAGUGCCCCCACUGCAGCAGACCCUGGCCACUUAUCUGCGAUGCAUGCAGCACCUAGUACCUGAGGAGCAGUUCAGGAGGAGCCAGGCCAUCGUGCAGCAGUUUGGGGCCCCUGGUGGCCUUGGUGAGACCCUACAGCAGAAGCUCCUGGAACGACAGGAGAAGACUGCCAAUUGGGUGUCUGAAUACUGGCUGAAUGACAUGUAUCUCAAUAACCGCCUGGCCCUGCCUGUAAACUCCAGCCCAGCAGUGAUCUUUGCCCGGCAGCACUUCCAAGAUACAAGUGACCAGCUAAGGUUUGCAGCCAGCCUGAUCUCUGGUGUGCUCCACUACAAGACGAUGCUGGACAGCCACUCCAUCCCUCCUGACUGUGCUAAGGGCCAGCUGUCAGGGCAGCCACUUUGUAUGAAGCAAUACUACGGGCUUUUUUCCUCCUACCGGCUCCCCGGCCACACCCAGGACACACUGGUGGCCCAGAAGAGCAGUGUCAUGCCCGAGCCAGAGCACAUCAUCGUGGCCUGCUGUAACCAGUUCUUUGUCUUGGAUGUUGUCAUUAAUUUCCGCCGUCUCAGUGAGGGGGAUCUGUUCACUCAGUUGAGAAAGAUAGUCAAAAUGGCUUCCAACGAGGAUGAACGCUUGCCUCCAAUCGGCCUGCUGACGUCAGAAGGGAGGAGCGAGUGGGCUGAGGCCAGGACGGUCCUCGUGAAAGACUCCACCAACCGGGACGCCCUGGAUAUGAUUGAACGCUGCAUCUGCCUCGUGUGCCUGGACGCCCCAGGAGGUGUGGAUCUCAACGACACCAACAGGGCGCUCCAGCUCCUUCAUGGUGGAGGCUGCAGCAAGAAUGGGGCAAACCGCUGGUAUGACAAAUCCCUACAGUUUGUGGUGGGACGAGAUGGCACUUGUGGCGUAGUGUGUGAACACUCCCCAUUUGACGGCAUCGUCCUGGUUCAGUGCACAGAGCAUCUGCUGAAGCACAUGGUGAAGAGUGGCAAGAAGCUGGUCCGAGCCGACUCUGUCAGUGAGCUCCCGGCCCCUAGGAGGCUGCGUUGGAAAUGCUCCCCAGAAAUUCAAGGCCUCUUAGCCUCCUCGGCGGAAAAACUUCAACGAAUAGUAAAGAAUCUCGACUUCACUGUUUACAAGUUUGACAUCUUCGGGAAAACAUUCAUUAAGAAGCAGAAAUGCAGUCCUGAUGCCUUCAUCCAGGUGGCCCUCCAGCUGGCCUUCUACAGGCUCCACAGGAGACUCGUGCCCACCUAUGAGAGUGCAUCCAUCCGCCGAUUCCAGGAGGGCCGUGUGGACAACAUUCGAUCCGCGACUCCAGAGGCACUGAGUUUUGUGAAAGCCAUUACUGACCACAAAGCUGCUGUGCCCGAUUCAGAGAAGCUGCAGCUCCUAAAGGAUGCCAUCCGAGCCCAGACUGAGUACACAGUCAUGGCCAUAACAGGGAUGGCCAUCGACAACCACUUGCUGGCGCUGCGGGAGCUGGCCCGGGACACAUGCAAGGAGUUGCCUGAGAUGUUCACAGAUGAAACAUACCUGAUGAGCAACCGGUUCAUCCUCUCAACCAGCCAGGUGCCCACAACCAUGGAGAUGUUUUGCUGCUAUGGUCCUGUGGUACCCAACGGGUACGGUGCCUGUUACAACCCCCAGCCAGAGAGCAUCCUUUUCUGCAUCUCCAGUUUUCAUGGCUGCAAAGACACCUCUUCUACCAAGUUUGCAAAAGCAGUGGAAGAAAGCCUCAUUGAAAUGAGGGACCUCUGCAGUCUGCCACAGUCUACAGUGGGCAAGCCACUGGCAACAAAAGAAAAAGCUACGAGGCCCAUCCAGGGGCACCAACCUUGACUCCUGCCAUGAUGUUUCAUUUCCCCAAACCCAAUAUUCUUCAGCUGCUAGACCCUACCAAACCCCUGCUCCCAACCCUCUCCCUAGCUUUUGGUAGCUCCCCUGUCCUCAGGGCCCAACACAGAGACCACACUGAGGCAUCACGCAAAGCAGGAGUCUUGGGAGGAAAGUGUCCCUCAUUAGACAUUGAGACUAUCCUUAUUUGUCACACUGUCCUUUGGCCUGUGUACUGGGAAAUAGACCAGCCUGGCUCUGAGGCAACCUUGGUGAGAUGGGGAAGUCUACACCACCUUCCCUCCAUAGCCUCAGAAGCUUAAUGGUGGUGUUUUCUUCUCUAGCAAGAACUGAGGGUCCAGGUGAUGUUUUGCCCAAAAAAAGAAUGAGUCACCCUAUUACAUUCAAUGUACCAAUGUACCUACAUGAAUCAUGAAGAAAGAGGUUAACUCAGGUCAUUACCUCUUUUCUCUUGUGGAGGAGUAGGGAGUAUUGUUUUCAGAUUCAAAGCAGUGCAAUCAUGGCAUUCAGGGUGGCCUGCAGUGAGCCAUAUAGUGCUGUAAACACCCCAUCCCCUAUACACACACACACACACACACACACACACACACACACACACACAGAGUUAAUUUAAAAUAUAGUGACCCAGGCCCCAGAACGCAUUUCUCCUUUCGUCUCCCAGGGGCAGCCUUCCAUUGAGUUCGGAAAGUCUUGUCCUGCUAUUCUGAUAGGGGGGAAAGACUCAUCCGCCAUUACACUGGAGUAGUGCUGCUCUGCUUCGCUGGGGCCACCAGCAAGUCCUGGAUGAGUAAACAGCACAAUGCCUGCCAAGCAGCAGAGAUGGAGGAAGGAGCAGUCUGCUUCCCCAAGAAUCCUGCCACUCACAUUUUUCCUGGUUGCUUCACCACUCCCCUUCACAGGAAUCAUACCCUUACAGGUGAUCUGAUUUCUAGAGGAGAAGAGAGAGGGUUGCUUUGGGGAUUUUCUGUUGCUGUUUAUUUGUUUUGUCUUAUUCAUUCUUAAGGGAGGCUUUAAAAAAAAAACACUGUGACAUUAACUUCAGAAAACGAUCUCAGUGGCCCAAGCAUCCACCUGCAGACAGCUGGGCUCCUUUAUGUGGAGGAUGUUAUCUAGGGAUUCUAACCAAAUCUCACAUGGAGGAACACAGAGCAGGGCUCUCCCUGGCCUGGCAGUGGGUGGGUAGGUAGGGUGCAGUUAUGGAGCAGUUUGAAGAGACCGCUGGAGGGGAGCAGGGCCAGUAGGAGAGAAAGACUAUGUCCAGAGUCAGCCUUGAGAGGCAGAUCAUGCACAGAGCCAAAGUUAAGUUUGUCCUGAGAGGCUGUGAUCAUCCAGGACAUAUGAGAGGCACUCCCCAUUGCAAAAUAUUUUUAUGGUAAAUCUAAAAAGUCAAGGAAGUCAGAAAGCAACCAGAAAAUCAAAACUGCAAAUAGCUGAGGCAGUCUGUCUCUGUCCAGAGGAGGUACAGAGCUUGGCUCUCACCACACUGAGUUCUGCUGUGCAACCUACUGGGGGUUCCUGAAAAAGCCCCCUCGCCCCAUUUUCACUGUGCUCUGCAGCACUCUAAGCACUGCACUCUGGCCCAGGGACCCUGCACAUGUCCCUUUGGGCCACUGAGUAAGCUUUCUGCACUUUGACCUGUAUUGAAGGCAGGGCUGAGAUGGGGGCAGCUGGCAUUAUGACCUUUGCUCAACUCUUCGAAAACACAAACAACCCCAAGCAGUCAAUUUUUUGAGCCCUGGUUUUAGAUUGAGGAUCCCUAUUGGAUGAUCUGGAAGAUUUUGGCACUGUCUGUAGGUCCAUAGUUCUUCCACAGACAUCCACCUUCCUGCUCUCCUUGGGAAGUUGCAGACCAAGAAUCCUAGGAAUAUCUGCGGAACUACUGUCCACCUGCUGUAAGUUGACCCAAAGCCACUUGUCUGUUCUCACCAAAUGGCCACAGUACAGAUCUGAGUUCUCUUCUGGUUCCCUCCAUGGAUUUGAGGGCAGGCAGAGAGAUCUCUGAUUUGGGGGUCAGGCAACCCCAUGGAUCUUAACCAAGAGACUUAAAUGCCCAGAGACUCAAUUCCCUCUGUCAUCAGAUGGAGACAAGAAUGUUCCAAACUUGCAAGGCUUUGAGGAUUGUAGAGCACAUGUGUAAGGGGCCUUGCGCAAGCAAGUGGGCAUUCAUGUUCACUGUCAGGAAGAUGUUACCCCAGUGGGCACUGUUUGGAUGAAUUUGUUUCAGACUUUUUACACUGAUUUGAAAGAACCAAACACAUCUAUCAUUCUCUGAGCAUAGGGAAAGGAAACUGACUCUGUAUAUUCAGAUAUCAACCAUACACUGCGAGGGCUUCAAGAAGUGUAGGAUUGUGGACAUUUGGCAGGAGGGAACACCUCCUCUUUCUGAGGAAGAAUCUGGAAGCUGGUCUUCCCCCUCCAAGAACAGGUGAAUGCACUGAGUCUUUAUGCAAAGGCAAUGCUAAGCCAUGGCCAUGGGCAUCCCUCUGGGGGAUCCUGGUAAUAGAUAUUGUUCCAAGUGUCCCCAAAGAGAUGGAAAAUGAUAUCUGAAGAGAGUCACACUGGGGUUGUGAUGCAUAAUAAAAAUGCUUGUGGCCACCUUACAAUACUGCUAAGUUGCCAAAAUAUACAAAGUUGACAUUUUAGUUCUAUUUUUAUAAAAUUAUUCUAGAUUUAUGGCAAUAUAUA